GACAAUGGUUUGACGAAAGGACAUGAGCUCACUGUGCUGGCUGAAAAAUCACAUUGGAUUUGGCAUGCAGUGGACGAAAAAAAGUAGUCUACUGAGUUUGAAGCGCUGCUUUUUUAUUUCCACGUGGUUUUGACGCUGGGUGCUAAGCAACGCAGACUAGGGGCUGGUAUUAUAAGAGAAAGGAGUGGUGGUAGCAGCAGAUAGGGGAAGCGCCCCGCUGACAGAGGCACAGGCAAAUGUGAUUACCGCGCUAUUAGUCCCAUGCGAGACACGGAUCCAGAUCCAACAUGGGUAAUUAUAUAGCAAGGGCCUUCAUAAAAGCGUAGCUCGUCCAUUUAGUAACGUGUCCUGAAACAAGCUGCUUUGUCGACCAGCGUAAAAAAACUAAGUCAUGAAACUGCUCGCCAAUAUUUGUUGGCGUAUCAAAGGACUUCUGUGACAGUCAGAAAGAAUCCUCAAGGGGAAGCAAGGCGAUCUCUCAAAUGGGGUCUGACAACGUGACUAACGAAACUUUGCUUGGAGGCCUUCCGUACAGGAUGGAAAUCUCAAUUCCCCUUACGAUACUCGUGGGGAUUCUUAUCCUCUUAACAGUAUUUGGCAAUGUCCUUGUAAUUAUAGCAGUGUUUACAAGCCGGGGCUUAAAAGCCCCACAGAACUUAUUUUUAGUUUCCUUAGCGUCCGCUGACAUUCUGGUGGCCACACUGGUCAUGCCAUUUUCUCUGGCCAAUGAACUAAUGGGCUAUUGGUACUUUGGUAAAGUUUGGUGUGAAAUUUACCUUGCCCUGGACGUUUUGUUUUGCACUGCAUCUAUUGCCCAUCUAUGCGCCAUCAGCCUGGACCGGUACUGGUCCAUCACUAAAGCCAUCGAGUACAACCUCAAACGAACUCCCAAGAGGAUAAAAUGCAUUAUCGUUAUAGUUUGGGUCAUCGCUGCAGUUAUAUCAUUCCCUCCUUUGAUUACGAUGGAGAAAGAGGGUGCCAAGGAGGAGGGUCCAACGUGUGAAAUCAACAAAGACAAAUGGUACAUAAUAUCUUCGUGCAUUGGUUCAUUUUUUGUCCCUUGCAUCAUCAUGAUUCUCGUUUACAUUCGAAUUUAUCAAAUUGCAAAGAAGAGAACGCGGACCCCUCCGGGAAAGAGGAAAAAAACAGAAGCAGACAAGAAACACAAUGGCUUAGAGGAAGAACAACGCUUUCACGAAAAAUUAACCGGGGAAAAGGACGUAGAGCAGAAAGAAAAGGUUGAGCAAGCUGAAGUAAAUGGAGUUGACAUAGAGGAGUCCUCUUCUUCAGACCAUAAUGUGAACACCCCAUGUUCGAUGAAAAAGAAGAAAGCCGAGAGCAAGACAAAACUCAGUCGAAUCAAACCGGGAGACAAUAUUCCGAAAAGAGAGGACCGUUUGAGUGCUAAAGGAUCCAGAUGGAAAGGACGCCAAAACAGGGAAAAACGAUUCACUUUCGUGCUUGCAGUGGUGAUAGGAGUUUUUGUAAUAUGCUGGUUUCCGUUUUUCUUCACUUAUACACUGACAGCCAUAUGUGACUCGUGCAACGUACCCCUAACACUGUUUAAGUUUUUCUUCUGGUUUGGGUACUGCAACAGCUCCCUGAACCCCAUAAUAUACACAAUAUUUAACAAUGAUUUUAGGAGGGCUUUUAAAAAGAUACUUUGUAAAGGUGAGAAAAAACAAAUUGUUUGAGAACUGUCUCUGCAAGGACACAUUUUACAAUUCAUUGUGUGUGUUGAUCACGUAUGUAACUGUAAUUAGCUUACACAGCAAAAAAGGUUCAGUUAAUUCAACUUUAACAGAGUUAUUGAGCGCAGUAGGGAUCAAACAAACUUUAUCUGCGAAAACUGUAUUCCAUCAGAAUUCAUUUAACACAAUGUAGUUUACUAUGUACUGUUUUCCAUCCUAUUUUGCAAGUGAGUUAACGUGCAUACCAGUGCUAAGUGCACAGUCAUUUUAUAUAACGUAUUGAGAAAUGUAUACACCUGUGCCAACUGGGGAAAGAUCUUCGAUUAAAAAAAAUGACAUCAUGCAUAUAUUUUCUUCUGUCAUGUAAUUGUUUAAGGCUAUAGCCUAGUAUAUUACGUCAGUGAUGAUAAAUAUUCCACAGAUGUGUGGUUAUUGUUAUUUAUAUUUAUGGAUGUAUAACCCUGAUAUCGUCAUUUAUUGCGUGCAUUUUUUCAAAACGUGUCGGUAUUUUGUCAUGUUUAACAUGAUGUUUUCAUAAACUGCAACAUUGAACAGAAACGUGUGGUAUGUAAAUGAUUUAAUAAAUGCAUUUUUCACA